UUCAACUAUAAAUAAAGGGUCCAAUUUCACAUGCCAUGCACUUUUCAUUUUCAAGUAAAACACCUCUUCCAAUCUAACCAUGCCUCUCUCCAAGCUUCUACUCGCAUCCCUUCUGCUAUCCUUUCUCCUCUUCCAUCUGCUUCAAGCUGAUCAAACGGUGCAGGCACAGACCCAGGGUUCUCUCGUUCAGCAGAUAGAUUGUAACGCUGCAUGUGGUGCGAGGUGCCGUUUAGCAUCUCGUCAGCGCAUGUGUCACAGAGCUUGUGGAACCUGCUGCAGACGCUGCAACUGCGUACCACCGGGAACUGCCGGUAACCAGGAAGUGUGUCCCUGCUAUGCCAGUCUCACCACCCACGGUGGCAGACGCAAGUGCCCUUAGAGAUUUCCAUCAGUGUGAAGCCAUGCCAUGCAAGUUACUAUUUAUACAUAUAUAACAUACACAAUAUAUGUUCUUGUUUUGGUGAGUUGCGUGCAGAAAUAAACCCUUCGUAUUUAACGCAUGUUCGAUCGUUGCGUUGCCACAGUUUGUGAGUGUUGUGCCUUUUCUGUAUCUGCUGUUGUAUUGUAUCUUCCAACUUAUAUAAAGAAGAGCUUUCUGUUA